GGAGGCACCUGCACAGACUAAGCAUUUGAGAUGGUGGCAGACAAGAGACCGAUUUCGCAGAAGUACAAACUUUUGGAAAUAAUCGGACGGGGGAAGUUCGGCACGGUUCAUAAAGGUCUUGACAUCGACACAAAGCAACUGAUUGCCGUGAAAAUCUUGAACCUGGACACAGAUCAUGAGGAGGUGAAAGACAUACAGCAGGAGAUACAAUUUUUGUCAAACUUGAAGUAUGUCCCAAACAUCACGCACUACUAUGGCUCCUACCUAAAUGGGCACAAAUUGUGGAUUAUAAUGGACUACUGCGCUGGUGGCUCAGUGAGGACAUUGUUGAAGCCCGGUCCAUUGCAGGAAAAGUACAUUGCUGUGGUAACGAGGGAGCUCUUGAUAGCGUUGCAGUUUAUCCACGAAAAUGGCGUCAUCCACCGAGAUAUCAAAGCGGCGAACAUCUUGAUUAGCAAGGACGGGAAAGUCAAGUUGUGUGAUUUUGGCGUUGCUGCACAAUUGACGUCCACCGCCUUGAAGAGAACAACAAUGGCCGGUACACCCUACUGGAUGGCACCAGAAGUGAUCACAGAAGGUGCAACCUACAACUCCAAAGCAGAUAUUUGGUCCACGGGUGUCACUAUAUAUGAGAUGGCCACAGGGAACCCGCCUUACAGUGACAAGGAUGCCUUGAGAGCUAUGCAAUUUAUUACGCAGCACGAGCCUCCAAGAUUGGAGGGCAGACAAUAUGGGCCACUUCUCAAGGAGAUCAUAGCCAUUUGUUUGGAAGAAAAGCAAGAUUUGAGGCCUAAUGCUGAGGAGUUACUGAGAUCAAAGUUCAUUAAGAACACAAAAGCUUUGCCAACGGUACUCCUAAAGGAAGUUAUUGGAAAAUAUUUGAUCUGGAGAGACACCAAAUCGAAGAGAGACACACUGCAAAUCGAAGAUGAGCCAUGUGCCACGUUAAAUACUAAGCAGAGCGACUUAAAUCACUUCAAGCCCCAUCAUGCUGGCUCUUCGGCAAGCUCUCUGGCUGAAACCUCUUUGAGCCUUGAAGAUGGAGAAAACUAUGAUAUUAAAUGGGACUUUGACUCUUUGAAGUCUGCGGAGUAUAUUGUUGAGAAUGAUAUCAACCUAGCAACGGAUGAAAAUGACAAAUUUGACGAGUCAUUUUUUGAGACUAACACUAACUUUAGGGACUUCACAACUUCUCCCUACAACAGGACAUUCACAAUGGGAAACACUAUGGUGAACAAUAUAAUGGGCGAAAACAGCAAGGUAACGUUGACGGCAAACGGAACUCAGAAAGACACGAUGAUGAACUCGCACAUGGAUACACCGAUCAAAAAAGAGGCUCCUAAAUCUCUCUUGCAGCUUUUUUCUGAUGUCACUGAUGAUACCAACAUUGCUGAGGUCUUUAACAGCAGUAACGGAAACAUCUUAGAUAUUGAUAACGAAAAAAGAGAUCUCUCAAUAUCAAUUCCGCCUCCUAAACAGUCUCAAGAUAGCGUGCCAGCACCAGUUCAGCUACGACAGCCCAUCACUUCACCAAUAAUAUCAAUUGAAAUACCAAAUAUGGACGUAAUCGAAAACGAAAUACAGCAAAGGGAAAAGCAGAGAUCGAGAGCAGCCACAGUCACUGCUAUGAACCACAACACAAAGGUGGAGGCGCUGAUAAAUGACCAACCUCUACCGGCUAGAAAGCCAGCUCUUUCUAUUUCUCAUAGAACUCCAUCACCUGCUAAAGCAUUAGACAAUAUCAAUACCAAUCUCCAACCUUCCCCCUCAAAACAAUCUAGUCCGCUUCAUAUGAAACCUUUGCCUGGUUUAGCAAAUAUUACAACAUCCCACGCAUCUGCCUCUCAUGGUGGACCGCAAACUGCACCAGUAGCAACUUCUUCAAAUUCCGAUAUGCUUGAUUCUUCAAUCAGAUCUAGAGCUCAGAUGAGAAUACAAAUGCCAGUUCCGGUAUCUGCAACAAUGUCGGCUUUCCCGAGUACCUUCAACAAGGAUAACAAUUUUGCAUCAAAACAGAACCAGGGUAUACUCCCAAAUCAUGAUAGCUCAGAGAAAAAUCAGUUUGGAUUUGAUGUAAAUGCUGUGUCCUCAAUACCAUUGGCGAUGACUCCAGUCACCGAAAAGCCCCAUACCAGUAUCGUUACUCCUGAAAAAGAAAAUGUAAACGAUAAUGGUACGGUCAAUCCAGGCCCAUUUGGAUUUCCGAGUAGUACUAGUCUGGCUAGUCAUAUACAGGGCUCGCAAACUUCCAUGAAGACGUAUCAGCAUGGAUAUACAACCGCUGUUUCAAAUGCUGCCGCUAAUAACUUUAACUUUAACGAAAGAAAGAUGUCUACAGAAUCGGCAACUAAAUACCAGACGCACCAAUCUAAUAAUUCUGUGCAACAUGGUAGUGAAAACCAACAAAGAAAUGGCUCAACCACUUCAACAUCGGAUGACUCGGAACAAGCAGAUAUCACACUGACUAACGCAAACACGACCGCUUCCAACAAUACCAGUAGUUCUAACGUCGACAAUAUCGUGACAGGACUGGGGAUGAUGACAAUGCAUGACAAUGGUAACGUAUCACCUGUGAAGGCAAAUGGUGCCAGUCAGUGUGUUUUUGCCGGCGAAAAGCUCCUGAAAAUUAUUGAUCUUUCACAGCUGAGCAUGAACAAAAUGAUGAGUUUGAGCCUAAGUAUGGGAAUUUCAGAACCAGAAGAGUCCAACGAGACCAAUGUCUACAUCGAAGAGAUAGAUAAUCUUUUGGGUCGUGUCAAUGAUGUGAUGGGAAUUAUUGUCGGGGGCUUGGAAUGAUAAUGUAUUACUACUUUGUAUAGUUAGAAAGCAUGUAGGCAACAAAUAUAGAACAACGUCAAAUGUGCAAACCUUCCG